CAAAUUCCUCUGGAAGUGCACAUGUGUUAGCACGAUGUUCAAGGGAAGUAGGGAACUUUGCAAUGCAAACUUGAUUUUAUAGGCUAUAUAGUACCUCUUGAAAGGUCCACUCCAAACACACUUUAUAUUAGUGGCAGGUGUACAUCAAGGAAAGCAGUUUCAGUAGCUACUUCCUCCCCACAGACCCUCCUUCCUUACUCCAUCCCUUCACCUUAGCUUUCCUUUCUCUCUUUUCUUUUCUUAUUACGCCAUGUUCUCUUUGAGGCACUUCUUUGUACUCUCUCUCGCCUUGAACGUCAGCCUCAUACUCAGAUUAAUGAUGCACCAAGCUCAACAAAAACCUCAUCACAAUCAUUCUGUAACUCAUCACGAGGAGCAUAACAAUAACAUCCAUAAAUCACGCAUGCUUAUAUCAUCAUCAUCAUCUACUUCGUCUUUCGCCAAUUCUACUUCCACAACAGGAGCUAGCAGCAAUAAUAGAGUGAUCAACCUCGACCAUGGAGACCCGACAGCGUAUGAGAGGUUUUGGCGACAAACGGGUGACAAGAGCACGAUCACAAUCCCUGGAUGGCAGUCUCUGAGUUAUUUUUCUGAUGUGACCAACAUUUGCUGGUUUUUGGAGGCAGAGUUUGCGAGGGAAGUGGUGAGGCUGCACAAUGUGGUUGGAAAUGCAGUCACGGAAGGGCGUCACAUUGUGGUUGGAACAGGUUCUUCUCAGCUAUUUCUUGCUGCUCUUUAUGCUCUCUCCCCAAUUGAUUCACCUGAACCAAUCAGUGUUGUAUGUGCCUCACCCUACUACUCGUCGUACCCAUCAAUGACGAAUCACUUGAAAUCAGGGCUUUACAAAUGGGGUGGUGAUGCAGAAAGUUAUGAGAAAGAGGGUCCCUACAUUGAGCUGGUUACUUCUCCCAAUAAUCCUGAUGGACACGUAAGAAGAUCUAAGGUCAACAGAAGCCAGGGAUUUUUGGUCCAUGACCUUGCCUAUUACUGGCCACAGUACACUCCAAUAUCAGCGCCUGCAGAUCAUGAUCUCACGCUUUUCACCGUCUCAAAAAGCACUGGCCAUGCAGGAAUGCGCAUAGGGUGGGCUCUUGUGAAAGACCAAGAGGUAGCAAAGAAAAUGACUAAAUUCAUAGAGCUGAAUACAAUUGGAGUGUCUAAGGAUUCUCAACUCAGGGCUGCUAAGGUCUUAAGGGCAGUUUCUGAUAGCUGGGAACAAGGAAACUCCAAAGAGAGCGAGUCAUUCUUCAAAUUCAGCCACAAACUCAUGGCCAACAGGUGGAAGCAAUUGAGACUAGUUGUGGAGCGCAGCGAGUUGUUCAGUUUGCCCAAAUUUUCUCCAGCAUUCUGCACCUUUUUCAAUCAGGUCUUGGAGCCUCAACCAGCUUUUGUGUGGUUAAAGUGUGAGGGAAACGUGGAAGACUGCGAAAGCUUCCUUCGAGGAUACAACAUCUUAACGAGAAGUGGAAUACACUUUGGGGUUAGCCCAAAAUACGUAAGAAUUAGCAUGUUGGAUACUGACGAAAAUUUUAACCAGUUUCUGGAUAGACUCUCUGCCAUACAGUCGUGAUAUAUAGGGGGAGUUUCCUGCUGGGUAAUGUAUGUAUAAUAUUUAGAAGUGUUAGUUUUCUGUAUGCUGGAAAGUGAAACACAGAAAUGCAAUUUUGCUCAUCCAUUUAUAAGAUAUAUAUGGGUCUUGGGGAUCAUCCUUUAACGGAAUGCAAUUAGGAAAAAUAUAAGGAUCUUACCAUUAAACUAGUCCAUUUCUAAAUUGUGGAG